AGAAUCUCUUUAGAAAUGGAUAUUUGUGAAAAAAAAACAAAACAACUGCCUCUAAUAGUAGAAGAGAAACUUAAAAAGAUGUUUUCAAAUGUACUUUUCUUCCCCACUCUGGAAGAAUCUGGCCCAGGUGAAUGGAGUGAAGCUCUUUAUCCGUUGCUGACCACACUCACCGACUGUGUAGCCAUGAUGAGUGACAAGGCAAAGAAAGCCAUGGUCUUCUUACUGAUGCAGGACAGUGCCCCAACAAUAGGGCUCUGCCUCAGCCUGCAGUAUCGCAGGGACGUUGUCUUCUGCCAAACUCUGACAGCUCUCAUUUGUGGUUUCAUUAUCAAGCUGAGGAACUGCCUGCAUGAUGAUGGAUUUCUAAGACAACUCUACACCAUUGGCUUGCUGGCACAGUUUGAGAGCCUGCUGAGCACUUAUGGUGAGGAGCUGGCAAUGCUGGAGGACAUGAGUUUGGGAAUCAUGGACUUGAGGAAUGUAACCUUUAAAGUAACUCAGGCUACAUCAAAUACAUCCACUGACAUGCUGCCAGUCAUCACUGGGAAUCGUGAUGGAUUUAACGUGAGGAUCCCUCUGCCAAGCGCCUUGUUUGACUUGUUGCCACGGGAGAUUCAAAGUGGCAUGUUGCUGAGGGUUCAGCCUGUUCUGUUCAACGUGGGAAUCAAUGAGCAGCAAACCCUAGCAGAGAAGUUUGGGGACACCUCACUGCAAGAAAUAAUUAACAUGGAAAGCUUAGUGCGGUUGAAUUCAUAUUUCGAGCAGUUCAAGGAAGUUUUGCCUGAUGAUUGUCUACCUCGAUCUCGUAGUCAGACGUGCCUGCCUGAACUGUUAAGAUUUCUGGGACAAAAUGUACAUGCAAGGAAAAACAAGAAUGUUGAUAUCCUUUGGCAAGCUGCUGAGAUAUGUCGCAGACUGAACGGAGUUCGAUUUACAAGCUGUAAAAGUGCCAAGGAUAGGACUGCCAUGUCAGUCACCCUGGAGCAGUGUUUGAUCCUGCAGCAUGAACAUGGAAUGGCUCCACAGGUCUUCACCCAGGCCCUGGAGUGCAUGAGGAGUGAGGGUUGUCGCCGGGAAAAUACAAUGAAGAAUGUUGGAUGUCGCAAGUAUGCGUUUAAUUCCCUGCAACUGAAGGCUUUCCCAAAGUAUUACAGGCCUCCAGAAGGAACUUAUGGAAAAGUUGAAACAUGAGCAUACCAUGUCCUUUAAUUGCUGUUCCAUUCAGACAUGUGGAUACACUCUAGAUUAAACCAUGAUUUUGUCAUCCAGAAGAGAUAAAUAACCUCUUUUUUUUUUUUUUUUUUUUUUUGUACGUUUCGCUAGACUAUACGGAGCAUGUUACUUACUGAAUUGGAAUCUCUAGUAACAAUUAUUCUGACACCUUAGCUUGAGAAUAGUGUGAUGACUCUCUGCCCGUUUAAAUAGCCUUCAGUGUAUGUAAGAUGAACAGAUAUUGUGCUACUUAAUAAUUACCUAUAUGCAAAUUAGCUAGGUACCUCCUGGAUGGGCAAGGACUCUAGGGAUGGAAUUUAGGCAGCUGUUUCACACCACAUCUUUUUAUACUGAGUUGACUUGAGGAGAUUGAGCUUUUCAUAGACUUUUUAAAACUGAGAGUAAACCUCACAAGUUGUAAAUAAAAAGGGAUACUAGACUAGGCAGUCUAGGAACUGUAGAAUGCAUUGUUACAAUCAGAAAAAAACAGGGGUUUAAC